AGCCACAGCAACACACUGAUUUUUAAAGGUCACAAGCAAAGAAAGGUUAUCAAGCACUGGUGUAAUUUUUUUAACAAUGUCUUGUAUUUUAUUGGCUUAACUAUGCGUGGCAUUUAAAAUCUUACUCUGAAAAGUGACUAGAGAUUUCAGAUAAAUGUAACUGAAGUAAGAAGGGCAACAUUCCCUGUUGAAAUGUGCUGGCAUAAUAUCAUGAAAUGCUCAUGGCAAAUACAGCCAAGCCUUUAAUACAAAUCAACAUCAAGCUGCUACACGUUUGAUCUGGUGAAAUAAAAAAAGAUGAGCAUGUUUGGUUGGUUUGGUUGCUUCAGUUGCAGAAGUACGAGCUAACAAAAAGCUUUUGUAUCUCGCCCCACUGACAAUGUUAAACAUGGGCUUAACUAUUAUCAGUACUGUGUAAUAAUGGUAAACAGAAGGGAACGGCUUUAAUGCAAGCCACAGUUGGAAUGACAAAGAUAGUCAGUUCAGGUUAAACAAACAUAUUUCGCCCUUUAUUAGGACAAUCUGCACCAAACGACUGCCAUCAGCUGCUUUGUUCUCCCUCGGGGGAGAUUCGCUCUCAGACUCAGUCAUGGGUUUGAUGAACUGGUUGUGGGAGCAUCAUCAGUUUUUGAUGCACCAAUGUUUAUUACUUCCAUACGCACUGUUGUUUUACUCUCUUGCCAAGUGGGGAUACCUGUCCUUGACCUACAGGUACCUGUUUGUUUCUGUGGGAGGAUGUGUCCUGGCGCUUGUCACAAUGGGCACCUACAGCGUGCUCCUGUUCACCUCCACCUUUGUCUUCAUUCUGCUCGUGUGCUCCGUGGAUCCCAGCUGUGUCCACGUCUGGGCGUUUGGUAUCCAGAUGUUGUGGCAAACCUUCUGGCACCUGCUUAUACAGUACAGGGAAUACUACCUGCAUGAGCCGGUCUGCAUCAGGUUGUUUCUGGCGGUGUCCUCUCUGAUGCUGCUCACUCAGAGAAUCACCUCAGUGUCCAUGGAUCUCCAGGAGAAGCAAGUUGUGUUAACAUUUGCGUCCAGGAGGGAGGCUUGUGCGAUGCUUCUCCCUCUCGUUAGCUACACCCUUAAUUUCACCACACUUCUCGGUGGCCCUUUGUGCUCCUAUAGCCGAUUUGUGUCCCUGAUGACAGACAUCAGACCCAGCCCUCCACCUAAUCCUCUUCGGGUGGUCUUCCUAAAGCUGAUGCAAGUGUUACUGCUGGAGUGUUCGAGGUACUUGCUUGUCUAUUUUCUUAAACAUAACAUCUAUGAUCCGUCCAGUUCAUUCAUUCUCUAUGGCACGCUGUGGGUUUGGGGUCUGUCUGUGGCUUUGAGGAUCCAGUAUUACUCUCACUGGAGGAUCAGCGAAUGCCUCAAUAACGCAGCUGGGUUCGGCGUUUGGGAAUACUCACAAGAAGAGUCCCCAGACUGGAGCAGACUAUCUGAUGGAGAUUUCUGGACAAUCGAAGCGUCAAGCCAUAUUGCAGAGUUUGCCCGUCGAUGGAACGCCACAACGGCCUCGUGGCUGCGCAGACUGGUUUACACCAGGUGCAAAUGCUUCCCCUUGUUCAUGACUUUUAGUUUCUCAGUGUGGUGGCAUGGUUUGCAUUUAGGGCACUUUGUGGGGUUUUGGACCUGGGCAGCAACAGUGAAAGCAGAUAAUAAUAUACACAGGCACGUGCGCCCCAAACAUUCCUCAACAUUAGAGAAAAUUUACACUUUUUUCAGCUGGAUAAACACUCAAAUGAUUGUUGCAUGUGUUGUCAUAGCAGUGGAAUUAAGAAAUUUGUCUGCUUUGAGACUUUUGUCUUUAACAUACGUAGGUCUGUUUCCACUAUUUAAUAUAAUUCUCCUCAUCUUACUGAAACUCAAAACAGUUUACUAAUGCGGUCAUGUGAACACACUCCCACACCUAUCCUUUUGUGAUAUAAAGGGUUCAUGGUACAGGGUAAAUGCUAAAUUAGAGUAAGAAGUUAUUUCACUGUCAACAAUAAAUACUACUUUAAAUCAUUUAUCAACCAGUGGUAUUGGUUAAUAAACAUCGGCUGCAACUUUAUAAUGUUUAUAAAUGAUCUGCACUGUAUUUAUUAACCGUUUACAAUGUAUUAUGAACAUCAGUUGCAACUUGACAAUUAACUGGUAGUUUAAUGGUUUGUUAGUAUUUCAUCACUUUUAUUUAACGAUUAACUGAAGUUUAACUAACUAAAGGUUUAACAUUUAUUGAACGUGCAAUAUGUAUGAAUUGGCCACCUGUUAAAUUCAUACACAAAACAAAGGAGCCAUAGCUAAAUGCUGUUAACUGUGGCUCUCAUUGGCCAGUUAGCUCAGUUAGCUGUGGAGCUAGCGGGCCAGGUGGGCAGCUCAGAGUACAGGGGAAGUGUUGGUGUUUACACUGCUAGCACAGUAGCUCUGGACCAAAACAGGCCAGGUUAGCUGGUUAUGAUGUUAACUUCCUCACAUUCUGUUGAUGUUUUCAACUACAAUCUCACAUUUUGCACCUUAGUGAUGGUUAUUGUUAAGUGUCACCAACAGGCUUGUUGUGUCAUUAAAAUAAAUGAAUGGAUUUCACAUUAACAUGUGAAGACUGCUAUAGUCUAACUAUAUUCUAAUUCUGUAUUUCUUUUCUUUUCUGUCAUUGGACUGUUAACAAUAUUGUUUAACAAAAGCUCAGUUGUGUACUGCGAAGCAAUGAUAUGUUCAUUCAAAUAACCCCUUGUCUUGUUGAGUGUUAGAAGAGGAUGUAAACUGGAGACCACUUUUACAAUUUCGCCUUGCCACUGAACUCUUCAGGUCCGUGCAGUCUUUACUCACUUUCAUCACAUAGUUUUGUUUGCGCAACCUGCAUAUUUACUUCAUUAUUUGAAGAUGACUUCUCUCACCAACACUCAAAAAAAUCUUUCCUGCACACAAGAUCAUACACGCUUGAGUAGGAGAUAAUGAUAACAACUGACUCAUUCACAAAGCUGAACUAAACCCUCAGGUAGGUUUC